ACGGGUGGCCGACGUGGCUGCUGGAGAACGUGCCGCGCGAGGCGCUGCAGGGGAUCGUGCCCCGGAGCGCCGACGCGUUCGACAAGAUCGAGAAGGUCGGGCAGGGCACGUACAGCAACGUGUACAAGGCCCGCGAGCGCGGCGCCGACGGCCGGCUCGUCGCGCUGAAGAAGGUACGGCUGGACACCAUGGAGCCGGAGAGCGUCCGGUUCAUGGCCCGCGAGAUGCGCAUCCUCCGCCGGCUCGACCACCCCAACAUCAUCCGCCUCGACGGCAUCGCCACCUCCCGCAUGCACCGCAGCAUCUACCUCGUCUUCGAAUUCAUGUACUCCGACCUGUCUCGACUCAUCGCCCGCCCGCUCACCACCCCCCAGAUCAAGUGCUACAUGCAGCAGCUGCUGAUGGGGCUGCAGCACUGCCACGAGCGCAACAUCCUGCACCGGGACAUCAAGGGCUCGAACCUGCUGAUCGACCGCGCCGGCGUGCUCAAGAUCGGCGACCUGGGCCUGGCCAACUACUACGGGCCCGGCCGGCGCCGCCCGCUCACCACCCGCGUGGUCACCCUCUGGUACCGCGCGCCCGAGCUGCUGCUGGGCGCCACCGACUACGGCGUGGGCAUCGACCUCUGGAGCGCCGGCUGCCUCCUGGCCGAGAUGUUCUCCGGCAAGCCGCUGAUGCCCGGCAGGACGGAGGUGGAGCAGCUCUUCAAGAUCUUCAGCCUCUGCGGGUCGCCGCCCGACGAGUACUGGCCGAGGAUGAAGCUCCCGGCCACCUUCCGCCCGCCCAAGACAUACAAGUCGACGAUGGCGGAGAAGUUCGCCGGCAUGCCACCCUCGGCGCUCCCCCUGCUGGCGACGCUCCUCGCCCUCGACCCCGCCGCCCGCGGCACCGCCGCCCAGGCUCUCCAGAGCGAAUUCUUCAGCACGCCUCCGUUGGCCUGCGACGUGUCGGACCUCCCGGUCGUCUACAAGGAGGAGACUCCGGAUCUGACCGCCUCCCAUGACGGAAGGAAGUCCAAGUUGAGGCAGCGUUCUGAGAAGCGAAGGAACAGCAGCAAGCGGAGAGCUGAUCGGGAGCAGCAAGCGGACGAACCAAAGCUCUCCAAUGGCGAAUCAUCCAACCAUAACAAAGAGGAGGAGAUCGUGGUAUUGGGCGAGACAGCAAGCCUCGCCGACGCCAUGGCUUCCUCCAGUGUCCAGGGACUAGCCGAGAGCGCCAUCGUCAAGGCUUCCACCAGCACGACCUCACAACGGUUUUCAGAUAGCCCAAUUCGGUCGUCCCCACUAAAUUAUCAGAUAACCCUGUGAUGAUGAGUAUUCUACAACUAGUGCUAUAUUGUCAUGUUUGCAACACUGUUAGUGGCGAUUCGUGAGCUCUGAACUUUGUGGUGCCAAAGUGAAGACUAUGAAAGUUUGUGCAGACACGUUCGAGACU